AUGGAGGAAAAAUCGGCCAUAGAGCUGGCAGAUAACAAGCAGCAGCAACCUUCCCCCAAGAGUAUUGACCUUCCGGCAGGGCUCAUACUGGUAAGCAGCAGUAACGAUGGUUCGCAGGAUGAAGAUCACGAGGAAGGUGAGAUUCCGGAUGAGGACGGCGUGGAGGAAGAAAAAGAGAACGUCCGCAGGACGGCCGGGCGUGUCCAGCACGAUCUGGAAGACAUAAGCUCGGAGGAAGAGUCGAACAUACGCGAACGCCUAGCGGAACUGGUGGCCAUGAACAAGGAAUUGAAAAUGAUCGCACAAAUUAAUAACUACAAUUUUCUUAGCAAAUCCGACGGCAAAGACAUUUACUAUAACGAACAUUACCAACACGCGCGUCGCCGUAAAGUGGGGAAAUCUUCCACAGCGACCAGCAAAUCAAGCAGCCGACGACAAACCGUUCGACGCGAGCGUUUGAUAAGCUCGAAACGUCACAGCGAAAAAAGGAAAGACCGGCAAUCGAGGCAGGAUCGACGUAAUUCUCACCGGCGUCACAAACGGCGGAAAUGUGCAUCUCCGGCAACCACACCUAUGCACCGUUCCACGUUUAUGAUAGAAACGUCCGAAUCGGAAUGCGAGUUAAGUUACGACCGCGAGUUCCUCGCCUGCUCGAUCGAUAAUGGCAGAAAACGGAGGCUGCAUCUGAAUGAAAAUGCUCUCAAGCGCAAACUUCUGCUGCCGCUGAACGGGGGAAAGAGGGAGAAGGGCAGGCGAGAAGCGGUGAAACACAACGAUGUGGUGCCUAUGGUGACGAUCGAUUCUUCGGCCAGCGGUCACGAAACAUCCGAACCGUUUGUCGUCGAUGAUGACGACGACGACGAGGACGAAGAGGAACUGCAGUUACGGUUGCUAGCACUACGUACGAAACCCAUCGUGAAAGAAGCGUGUUUAAACGAAAUGUUUGAUGUAUGUCAAGUGCCAUCUCCACCGCCUCCGCCAAUCAUCAGUGGCGACAGACAGGACGAAUCGAAAAAUUGUCCCGACAAUCACUUUGCGCCGCUCGAGCGUUUAGGAUCCGAAGAGCGCGAGUUACGAAUGAUUGCUCUGAAGUCGGCGUAUACCAAGAAACAUGAGGCCCGGUUACGGCUCAAGGGGUUUGGGAAAGAGAGUGAACGACCGUAUUCUCCUAGCGAUAAUCUAGUGUUAUCGCCAGUUGACGAAAUACCACCGAUCUACGACGAAUUGGACAAUGACUUGUUCAGCGAUGGAAAUGGCUCGGCAGGGGAGGCGCUGCGUCCGAUCGAUGACACUGAUGACAAUGGCAACGAUAUGGAAAUCAGUCCCGCCGACAGCCCAGCUCGGUGGCCAAUCCCCAACGAGACAACGGAAGAUUCACAGUUACCGAUUGAUAUGGAGUUGGCAAGUAGUGACCCCAGCAGCGAAUUACCCUCGGAAAGUAUUGUUUUUGCAUCCGAACCUCCCACUGAUCGAGCGAAAGCUCAGAGCCCACCGAUGACGCCCGACUCGAUGGGAGAAGCUGAGGCGGACGCAUUGCGACACUUUUUGUUGUCCAAAAUGCGCCAAAAACAAAAGGACACAGCUUUCGUGGAAACGAAAGCAGAAGUGGCAUCCGAAGUUUCAAUGGAAUUGGAACAACCUGUUCCGCUGACAGACGAAAUGGAUAAACAAUCACCCCUAGCAACACUGACGAAUGUGCUUCCGAAUGAAACGUCUUCAAGUGCAGCGCAAAACGUUAAAGUUACAUCUCCAAAGGCGGGCAACUCCAAUUUGAUAACGCUCGUCAAUCGAAAGAUGGUACGAAAGAGGCGUAAGAAAUCGCUUUCCGUUACCAAUGGGCCAGGGAAUAAUAGCAUAGAGAUCGUGGGGGGUCUAAAGAAUGUCACAGCAACUACUGCAGCUGGCGACGUUAAGCAACCGCAGUCCGAGACGAGCACCAUUGUCCCGAAGCUGCAGGUUGUGCGAACACAAAAACUGCUGAACAAUCAGAACAAACUGAUAAACCUCAAUCACACAAUAUCGCCAUCGCCACCGUUGCUUUCAGCAACGGCCUUUGCGAUCGUUCGGACGGAGUCACCGAAAGAGUUGACAAACGUAGAAACGUUCGUUUCGCGCCCCGUUUCGAGGAUGGUCAUUCAGCUCGGUCAUUCCGAUUCCGACUCGGAUGUUGAUUUUGGAUCUCUUUCGCCAACCAAGACGUCGGAUGGCGUGGCAAUUGCGGCUCCUCCCACACCCAAUUCACCGGCUCCAGGUCCUGCCUUUGAGCAGCAACUGGAUCGCUUUUUGCGCAGCGUCCGAAGCAAAACCAUCAGCAAUCCUCUUCCGACCACAGACGACGCAAAACAGGGCCUCGAAUGUUCCAGCUUGACCGCAUCGAUUGACAACUCGGUAGCUUCCAGGCAGCAGAUGAUGGCGAAGAAAACGCAAUCGAUUCCUGCCGACGUGAUGGCCACGGUGGCAUCAUCAACGGCUGUAAAACAUCUUCCAAAAUCCGCCCAAAUGGAGUACACAAGACUGAUCGCACGCAUGGCGCAGCUGGAGCGACAAAAGAACGCAAGACAGCGUCGGUUGUCAUCGAAAAAUGGCCAGGAAGCCGUGGUUCGCAAUCCCACCGAUACUGGCACCAAUGUGCAGCAGAGUCAUUCGGAAGCUAUGCCUGUCGAAAAGCCCGCGGCUAAUGCCUCUCUCGAGACGAUUUCGCAACAACCGAACACUCAAAGUAACUCCUUUGAUCCUUCCAACAAACACCCAGCGAUCGUUCAAGGCCCAGGGAAGAGGAAGGCGGCUCCGUUGACCGAAGUGACUUUAGAAAGCGCAACCGAAAUUCAAGAUCCGGUUUUACGCAAGCUGCACCAAAUCAAAAGUCGUCUGCCAUCAAUUUCGGAGGAAGGUCGCAGUCGGUUGCUGUUGACCACCGAGAGGCAUCUGGUGAAGCACAGCGACUUUUUUUUGCGCCAGCUCGAGCAACACAACACAAUGCUCGUGGAGGUACAGCAGGAGCGCCAGGAACUGUUUCAACUCGAGAACCGCAUCGAGUUAAUGCGUGAAAAGCUUGCAUCGCUGGAACGGAUACACGAUGAUCGUCGGAAGCGCUCGUUCGAAUCGAUCACCAAUGUACAGACCUCACACCGAAGGAUCGUAGCCGACCGGAAGCGAUCGGUCGAGUUGGCGCGGGUGUGCGUUACCAUCGGUCGAUUGGUCCUUGGGGACGCGUAUCAACCGCCAUCGGCGUCUGCUGAGGUCCAUCUACAAGAGCAGCUGCGCAUUCUGGUGAACGAAACAAAGCAAUUGAAGUUCAUUCGCAAGCCUACGUUGGAAGAAUUUAAAAGUCGAAUUUUGGCCAAUCGAAGGACGGUUCUGGUUGCGGACAGCGUUCGUGUUGAUAGUGCACCUGUUGUGGAACCAAAACCAGAUGACACCCAAAAAACUGAACAUGACCCGAUGCAGACGCCAUCGAUGGCCGAAGCACAGGGUACAUCAUUUGAUUUACAAGCAUUAGAAUCGCAGGCGCACCAGCUCGAACCUUCUACGGGGACGGCCGAUCAGGACGAGUUUGCGAAUCCUGAACGACCCGGCGAGGAAGAACUACCUCGAAGUGACACAGAAGUCCCGGCGGAAACAGAACCAAUGCUAAUCGGGCAUGUUGAGCCAACGAUGAACAAAUCAAAUACUUCCCACGAGGCGGCGAAUGAGCCGAAUGCUACCCCCAGUGAAUGUACGGGUAACGAUGCCCAGCAGGACUUAACCAACCGAUCAGAGGUUGUCGAAAGCAUGCCAGGGAAGCCGGUGCAUGGGAGUGAAGACGGGUUCAGUGAACCGUUGCGCUUUACAGAGUACAAAUCACCGCUAGUGUCACUCAAACAGCCAGGUGCUCUAAACACCACUCCCAAUGGGAUUCUCUGUCCGUACGAGCUCGACGGUCAGUGUGUAGAUCGGGACUGCAAAUACGAUCACCUCCGUCAGCCGUGACCUGGGUGAAGAUUUCUCAAAGCUUUAUGGAUGGAUUCCAGGCCCAAGCGACGAAGCCGCUCUUGCGUGCGUGCCAUUUCUCCGUUUUCCAUCUCUUCCCGCCCCAUUCCAUCUUCCCUCAUCCAGAAAACAACCCAGACAAUCCAGACAAUCCAGAAAAGCACAACCUCACCUGUAACGUUUGUGGGGCCAGGGGUUGACGCAGGAUCUCAUUCGAUCUCGGGGGCGAAUGUGUCUAGGCCACUGCUUCGGGACGGGAAAAGUGCAUUUCAGUAGGUAAGUUAUCUCGUCGAGUUGAGUUUUCGUUUUUUCGUUCAAUCCUUCGCCAACGCUGCCCUCCGCGUCAGUGGUUAAAUCGUUUCACCUCUCGCGAAAAAGCUCGUGUAAGUGUUAUGUCAGCGUAAUGGUGUGACGAUCAGUAGCGCGCUGAAUACUGAAACUGUUGCCUGCCGCCCGUCCGACCUGUCCGACCAGUCGUGCAGUUCAUUUAGUUCCUCGUAAAAUGGUGUUAGUAAGCGACGGAUUCCGGACGACGUAAACAACAUUUGAAAAAGUGAUAAUGAAAGCUGCUGCCGAACGCCGCCAAAUCGUCGUCGAUUCAAUGUGGUUAAGCAAGUGCCGUCGCCGGGGGCGGUGCCCUGUUGGUUAUUGUUGGUAUUUAGUGAGCCGAAACUAUCGAUCAAAAGUACAAAAUUCUUAAUAAGCGUAUUUGUCUACAUUUCUGCGCGUGGGGCCUGCUUAAUUUUCGUAGUAACUAUCAUUUCGUUCAACUCACAUGCAACCAGAGCAAAAAUAAGCGGAUAUUAACGCAUUUCAUUAAAUUUUCAUUAAAUAGUUUAAUCAAUUUUUCCUGGGUUUGCCGGCCAAGUGCUGGAACUGAGUUUUAGUCCGUGUUUUCGUGCUUUUACUCCAACGGUUUGCAGUGUUCUUUUUAUUACUAUGAUCAUUGUUUUUUAUUCCUCUAACAAUUCUUUUACUUUCUAGUCCCUCCACGUUUUCGAGGGACACAGUGAUAAAAGUGACAAGUCGAACAAAUCAUGAAUUACCACGGAAUGUAUAUUUAAGCUAGAGCAGCU